UCCCGCCCGGGCCCGGCUGGUGAGCAGGAGUCUGGCCCGAGUUGGCUGGAGCUGUUGCCAUGACAAGCAUUUUCUUAAGAAAGCUCUGCUGUUGAGACCGUCUGAAGCGGGGGGUUGAAGGGGGGGCACGAACUUCCUGGGGAACGGUCUCCCCGAGGAGAGCAAGCCCAGAGACACCCGUCCAGCUCCCCAGCACCCUUUUCUUCCAGGAACCUGAGAGGUCCUUUCCUUUGGGAGGGCUAGGGGAGGAGACCCAGCCCACUCCCCGGUCGUAGCUGGAAAGGCAGGAGAGACCAGCCAGCAUCUCCGGCGUGGUUGCCACACGGGGGACACCGGUGGGUCGUCACCCCCACCCUACCUCUGUCCAUGGAAACCCGGAGAAAGAGUCCCGCGUGGAGAAGCCUGGAUCUCUGCUAGAAAGAAAGAGAUCCAGUUGUCAUUGGUAUCCAGGGAGCCCUCCUCUUCCUCCUCCUCCUCCUGCCGCCUCUCUACCACUGCAGUUGCUGGUUGUUGCUAAGGUUGCCUCCAUGGUAACAUGCACAUCCUGUUUACACCUCCAUCCGGGCAAGUUGGUCUAAGCUAGGAACCUACCUACCCUGGACAAUCACUUCCAUCACCACCUGGGGACACCAAUCAUCGUGACACGUGGUCCGCCUUCCACUCAGUCCCCCCAUCCUCUUCCUCCUCCUGCUGCCAAGCUUCAUAUACAAAAAAAAGAUCUGGGCCAGAGACUGCUGCUCUGAAGCUUAUUGCACAAGACGCAGACGAUCUAUUUCCCAACCAGGCUCCCAGAGAAGCACGACGUCAAAAGAAGUGAGGCAGAGAAGCAAGAGACUCUGGUCUCUGGAAGGGAAAAUUCACAUUUCCUCUGGUCGAGGGGCUUGGUAACAACAGGCAAAAUGACGAACCCAACAGAACACUCCUUGCCGGCCAACUCGAUAGUUGAGACCCAAGAAGGGGAAUUUGGCUGCACAGUAAUGGACCUGAGGAAGCUCAUGGAGCUGCGUUCAACUGAUGCAAUAAACCAGAUCAAUGUCCACUAUGGAGGAGUAGUGAAUCUCUGCAGUAGACUGAAAACCAACCCUGUGGAAGGUCUAUCUGGGAACCCUGCAGAUCUGGAGAAACGUAAACAAGUGUUUGGGCAGAACUUUAUUCCCCCCAAAAAGCCCAAGACGUUCUUGGAAUUAGUGUGGGAAGCCCUUCAAGAUGUCACGCUCAUCAUCCUGGAGAUAGCAGCCAUCAUCUCCCUGGUCCUGUCCUUCUACCGCCCCCCUGGGGAAGAAAAUGAACAGUGUGGUCUAGCCGUAAGUAGCCCAGAAGACGAAGGAGAGGCAGAAGCCGGCUGGAUUGAGGGGGCAGCCAUCCUAUUCUCAGUGAUCAUCGUGGUGCUAGUGACUGCCUUCAAUGAUUGGAGCAAAGAGAAACAGUUCCGGGGGCUGCAGAACCGCAUUGAAAAGGAACAGAAAUUCUCCGUUAUCCGAAAUGGUCACAUCAUCCAGCUCCCUGUGGCCGAGAUCGUGGUGGGUGAUAUUGCCCAAAUCAAAUACGGUGACCUGCUGCCCGCAGAUGGGAUCCUGAUCCAGGGGAAUGAUCUCAAGAUUGAUGAGAGCUCUCUGACUGGUGAAUCAGACCAUGUCAAGAAAUCCUUGGAAAGAGACCCCAUGUUGCUCUCAGGGACUCAUGUCAUGGAAGGUUCUGGCCGAAUGGUAGUGACUGCUGUGGGUAUCAACUCUCAGACUGGAAUCAUCUUUACCCUCUUGGGGGCCAGUGAAGGGGAAGAAGGGGAGAAGAAGAAGAAAGGUAAAAAACAAGGAGCCCCUGAAAAUCGCAACAAAGCAAAGACUCAGGAUGGAGUGGCCUUGGAAAUUCAGCCACUCAACAGCCAGGAGGGGAUUGACAAUGAGGAAAAGGAGAAAAAGGCUGCCAAGCUGCCCAAAAAGGAGAAGUCGGUGCUGCAAGGCAAGCUGACGCGCUUGGCUGUUCAGAUUGGGAAAGCUGGUCUGAUCAUGUCUGCAAUCACAGUUCUCAUCCUGAUUCUCUACUUCGUGAUCGACAACUUUGUGAUACAGCGCAGACCGUGGCUGGCAGAGUGUACCCCCAUUUACGUGCAGUACUUUGUCAAGUUCUUCAUCAUCGGCAUCACAGUGCUGGUGGUUGCUGUGCCAGAGGGGCUGCCACUGGCUGUCACCAUUUCACUGGCUUACUCUGUGAAGAAAAUGAUGAAAGACAAUAACCUGGUACGGCACUUGGAUGCCUGUGAGACAAUGGGCAAUGCCACAGCCAUUUGCUCUGAUAAGACAGGCACCUUGACCAUGAAUCGCAUGACUGUGGUACAGGCUUAUAUUGGAGACACCCGUUACCAUCAGAUCCCAAGCCCUGAUGUCCUUGUGCCCAAGGUCCUGGACCUUAUUGUCAAUGGCAUUUCUAUCAACAGUGCCUAUACAUCCAAGAUUCUGCCUCCAGAGAAGGAGGGCGGCCUGCCUCGGCAGGUGGGCAACAAAACCGAGUGUGCUCUGCUGGGCUUUGUCACGGACCUGAAGCAGGAUUACCACGCUGUGCGCAGCGAGGUACCGGAGGAGAAGCUCUACAAAGUGUACACCUUCAACUCCGUGCGCAAGUCCAUGAGCACCGUCAUCGAGAAGCCCGGCGGCGGCUACCGCAUGUACAGCAAGGGCGCUUCCGAGAUCAUCUUGCGCAAGUGUAAUCGAAUCUUGGACAAGAAAGGGGAAGCAGUGCCAUUCAAGAGUAAGGACCGAGAUGAGAUGGUACGCACUGUCAUUGAGCCCAUGGCCUGUGAGGGACUCCGGACCAUCUGCUUAGCUUACCGGGAUUUCAAUGACGUAGAGCCCCUGUGGGACAACGAGAGCGAAAUCCUCACUGAGCUGACCUGUAUCGCAGUGGUGGGCAUUGAGGACCCCGUGCGCCCAGAGGUACCGGAAGCUAUUGCCAAAUGCAAACGAGCUGGCAUUACUGUCAGAAUGGUGACAGGGGACAACAUCAACACAGCCCGAGCCAUUGCCACCAAAUGUGGCAUCGUGACACCUGGGGAUGACUUUCUGUGCCUAGAAGGCAAAGAAUUCAAUCGACUCAUCCGUAAUGAGAAGGGCGAGGUGGAGCAAGAAAAGCUGGACAAGAUCUGGCCUAAGCUCCGGGUGCUGGCGCGAUCCUCUCCCACUGACAAGCACACGCUGGUGAAAGGCAUCAUUGACAGUACUGUCGGGGAACAGCGACAGGUGGUGGCUGUCACUGGUGAUGGCACUAAUGAUGGGCCGGCUCUGAAGAAAGCAGAUGUUGGUUUUGCCAUGGGUAUCGCAGGCACAGAUGUGGCCAAGGAGGCCUCAGACAUCAUUCUAACAGAUGACAACUUCACCAGCAUCGUGAAGGCAGUGAUGUGGGGACGAAACGUCUAUGACAGCAUCUCCAAGUUCCUGCAGUUCCAGCUCACUGUCAACGUGGUGGCUGUGAUUGUGGCCUUCACUGGAGCCUGUAUCACCCAGGAUUCCCCGCUGAAAGCCGUGCAGAUGUUAUGGGUUAAUCUAAUCAUGGACACUUUUGCCUCCUUGGCCCUGGCCACGGAGCCUCCUACGGACUCUCUGUUGAAGCGUCGCCCCUAUGGCCGAAAUAAGCCUCUGAUCUCACGCACUAUGAUGAAGAACAUCUUAGGCCACGCCGUCUAUCAGCUCACGGUCAUCUUUUUCCUAGUCUUUGCCGGAGAGAAAUUCUUUGACAUCGAUAGUGGGAGGAGAGCGCCUCUGCAUUCACCACCCAGCCAGCACUACACCAUUAUUUUCAACACCUUCGUGCUGAUGCAGCUCUUCAAUGAAAUUAAUUCUCGCAAGAUCCACGGGGAGAGGAAUGUCUUUUCGGGCAUCUUUCGCAACCUCAUCUUCUGCUCUGUGGUCUUGGGCACGUUCAUCAGCCAGAUUCUCAUUGUGGAAUUUGGAGGGAAGCCCUUCAGCUGCACGAACCUCACCCUGUCCCAGUGGUUCUGGUGUCUCUUCAUUGGUAUUGGCGAACUGCUGUGGGGCCAAGUAAUCUCCACAAUACCUACCCAAUCCCUGAAAUUCCUGAAGGAAGCUGGACAUGGCACCACCAAGGAGGAGAUCACCAAGGAUGCUGAGGGGCUGGACGAGAUUGACCACGCAGAGAUGGAGCUGCGCCGAGGCCAGAUCCUCUGGUUCCGGGGCCUGAACCGUAUCCAGACUCAGAUCGACGUAAUUAACACAUUCCAGACGGGAGCCUCUUUUAAGGGAGUCCUAAAGCGCCAGACCAUGGGUCAACACCUUGAUGUAAAACAUGUUCCUAGCUCAUCCUAUGUAACAGUUGCACCAGUCAAAUCUCCCCCCACCACUUCUGUUGCUGCUGCUGUUUCAUCUCCUACUCUGGGCAAUCAAAGUGGUCAAAGCGUUCCAUAGUUCCCUCCACGAAAGCAUUCAGAAACCCAAGAACCAAAACUCCAUCCACAACUUCAUGACCCACCCUGAAUUCGCCAUAGAUGAGGAGGGGCCACGAACACCACUCCUGGAAGAACAAGAAGAGGAAAACUUUGAAAAAGUUUCUAAGCCUGGGACUAGGAUGCUUCUGUCGGAUGGUGAGGUCACAACACAUGCCAACAAAAACAACAACGCGGUGGAUUGCAGCCAAGUGCAAAUCGUUGCCUCCCCGUCAGACAGCCCUCUGCACAGCCUGGAGACGUCAGUUUGAGCUUCGUUCUCUGACUCCCAUUCCUGCUUUCCCUAUUUCCCUUUUUAUCUAUCCCGUCAAUAAGGUGAUGAUGGGACUUUUCACUGUCAUGUCAGCUGCUCCCAAGUAUGUGUGAACCCCCGCCUGACCAUAAAGGGGCAAGAGCACAGACCUAGAAGGAUUUCGACUCAAACUUGAGUUGGGGUUUGUAGCAGAACCCAGUUAAACCCCAGGCAGGUAAUGAAUGAUCGAAUCUACUCCUCGGGUGUAUCAGUGGUCAUUUUUAAAGAAAUGACGAGAAUCCUCUUGGCAUCUACCCCAACCCAAGUUCUCCCCAGCAUUGAUACCUAUGUCAUCAGUCUCCUGACUUCUGGAUUUUUACCCUGUGAGUCUGUACUGUUUACAAGUUCAGUUAAGGGUUCAGAGUGACAAAUACCCUCAAACGGAAUGUGUUGAGGUAGGAAUGGAAGGUAUAGAAUCAGCCCUUAGAGUGAUUGUUAAAACAACUUUUCCAUUUUGAAAACUGAUACCUAAAGCCCUUUCCCUUUUGCUGCCCAAAGCCUCCCCACCGUCUCUUGGUCUUUCGGGACCAUUGUCUUCCUCACCUUCACUCUUUUCAAGUUGUGAUGAUUAAGAAAAUAGAAAGGACACAGAUGAAUUGAGUCGACUUUGACCCUUUCUCCCUCGUGGUUACUAAUGGAACCAACCCUUGACUUAAUUCUAGAGGCAGAGAGGUUUCUUUGCUAGAAUCGGAGUCCUUUGGAAGCAAUUUAUAGCUGGUAAGAAUGUAUUCCUGCUGUUACCAGGUUAUCUAUUUCCAAACUGCCAUCUUGUCAGGCAAUGUGGUUUCUAAGUGCCAGGGAGAUCAGCCUUGACCAUGAAGUUUGCAUAUAUGUGGUGUGUAGUUUUUUUCCUGAAGCCUGAGCUUUCUCCUGUUCCUAAAGUGGUGGCAAAGGAAUGAAUUAAGAAUGACCCUGCCUCCUAACUGGACUUGAAUAUUAAGGACCAGAGGCUGACAUGUCUAGGACAAGACAGACCAUCAAAGCUAACUCUGUUGAGUCCUCCUCGGGUAACCACCUCUGCUUUCAAAGCCAUUUGCCAAGGCUCAUCCAAGGCAGGACCUGAUUUUGGCAGAAGUGAGUAUUGAGAGGCCUUGGGAGAGGCCAGAGGGCCGUUCCAGCAGGAUAUGAGAAAGCUUUCCCCUGAGAAACAGAAACCUUGAGCUUAGGUGGCUGGGGACCAGCUUGGACAUUCCCUUCUGUUUUCUAAUUCUACUCUUGACCAUGUCCCCAACUCAUCCAGUCUCUGAAAAGGCCCCAGACUUUCUCAGAUACUCUAAUUUUGAAAAUACGUAUCUGAAGUGGGAGGCUCCAGUUACAUUUUGCUGACUUAAGGAAGCAAAAGACCCACCCUGAAAAGCUUCCUCCCUCCUCCCUCAUGCCUUGCUUGCUCAAGCGCCCUCCAGAAUGUGCUCGUGCUCGAUGCUGCACAGUAAAGCCCUGUGCCUUCUCUCCCCGAACACUGCCCGAAGCAUCCCCUUCCCACCUGCCUCUCAGGAUCUGGGGACUUCGUGAGAUGUUUAAGUGUUCCUUAAUGGGACAAAGUGGAGCCACGUUUGCAGGAGCUCCAUUUCUAUCCCUGCCCACGUUGACGUAAGCUCUUCUGUGCGGGGUCAGCUCGUGUCUGCCAAUUCCUCUCUCCCACUAGAUAAAGGAAGCCUGUCUCCCUCUUUCCAGGGUGAUGGGAAUAAGGAGAAGGGGCUUGAGGCGCUUAUGGACCGCCAGAUUUCCACUGGGGAGAGUCAGGAGACCUGAACCUCUCCUCUCCAGCCUUUUCUUCUGGGUCCCUCCUCCCUCACCCCUUCCCGUGAGCUGUCCUAGGAAGGAAGAAUAAAGCAACAGAACCCCCUACUCAUGCCCAUUAGCUACAUAAUCCACUGCAUUUGAUUUUGGUUUUGUAAAGGCUUCAUGCUUCAGUGAUCUUUUCUCUGUCUUUAAUGCUCAUGGGGGAAGAAAUAGCUCACCCAAGGUGUUAGGUUUUCAGAUACAUAUUUAUUAAGUACAUUGGAAGAUUUAGUUCUGUCGAGUCUUUUAUUACCUCAGAUCAGUUUUUAAAACAAACUUUGGAGGCUCUUUUAUCAUUCCUGCUCCCAAAAGACUCUCAUGGUGCCUGACAGGUUACUCUUGAGGGCUUGUGUCUACUUGUUUAAAGUCAAUGGGGUUUUUUUGUGUGUAUUCUAGUUUCCAUAGUAGGAGAGAAAAUAUAGAAAUAUUAUGCAAAAAUAUAUAGUUUUCUUUAGAUCAUAAACUGAUAUAUUUUGAGUCAGCCAUAUGUAUUUUGUUUAAAGGAUUUAAAAUAAAAUGCUGUCAUGUAACCCUGUGGAAGGGAGCACAUAACCAGUUGUUAGACAUGACAAGUGACUUAGUAUAUUUGUAAUUGGUUUGAAACCAAUACACCGUACUUCCUUUCUCCAAACAGCCAUCUUUAUACUGGGGGGGGGGGAAUCUCUUGAGUUCUAGAAUUUUUUAAUAUAAAAUUUGUUGAUAUGGGAUUGAGUAAGUUUAAGUGUUUAUGUGCAUAUAUUUUUUAUAUAAGUUUUUUUUUCCUGUGUAGUUUCAGUGAUCCAACUGGCCAUGAAUAAAUAUGGUAUAAGUUAAUAACGCUUUCCCCCAAAAUGGUGCUUUGAAAAGGGUGUGAUGGGAAAAAUAUUAUCCCAGAUUCCUCUCUUGAUAAACCUAGAAAGAUGGGCUGUAGAUUAUGGCUGAGAAGGAAGGCAUCUAGGAGGAAGGGACAGCCAGCAGGACAGGGAGAUGGGUACCCCCAACUAGCCAUCAGGAUCAGGGGCCUCCUCGGUUAGAUUGGUAUUUCGUGAAGGGCAACCAGCAGAGUGGUACCCAAGACACUGGGCUGCGAGGAUACUCUGAUUUGGGGUUUGCAUUUUUUAUGGUUCUCUCACCUCCUAUUGCCCCUGGAGUUUCCCAUGGUUCUCUCACCUCCUAUUGCCCCUGGAGUUUCCCAUUUGUGAUUUUUUUGUGCAAGGAUCUGAUUUGAGACUUCUUUCCCUCCCCUAGAAAAGUUUCAUGCAUUAUAUUAGACGGGAGAUAGAACUCUAAGUGGAAAACAACAGCUGUUUCUAGCCCUGGGUGACAAUCUUAGGACCAAGUCCUUCCCAUAGGUGUCCUCUGCCCUCUGAAGUGACUCCUUCAUUUCUAAAAGUGGCAGAGAGACCAUCGAGAAAUCAGCACCUGUGAGUUCUUUAGAGGUUGGGUUUCUUCUUCUCUUUGAGCUUCAGAGGGGAGAGUUGGCACAGUUCAAUCUGAGUGAUUACCUCCCUGCUGAAAACCAGAGGUGUGUGGCAAGCUCACGUGUGCCCCGAAACCUCUAAACACGUCACUUCCUUUCUUCCCUGCUUGCCCGGCCUGGUGAUUGAAGCAGCCCGCAAUGUCAUCACAGAGUGCACACUUCCUCGCUCUUCUUAUCUGGGGACCACCCCACUGCAGUGUGGAGGUGGGGCACUUUUAAAUGCCUGCUCUUCUCAAGCCAUUCCAGCCUCUUCCUCAGAAUAGACCAGACACCCUUGCAUUUGGCUCAGUGCCAUCCUUUACGUCCCCAGCCCUGCUGUUAGACCCGUUGUCCCCUUUCCUCCUGAUGAGGAGAGGUGGAGGGAGAAGAGCUCCCCAUGACUGAAUUGGCCUUUGGCUCAUGUUUUCUCCCCAUAAUGUAUAUAUGCCAUAUGUGAAUAUGCCAUAUAUAUGUGCCAACAAAUCUAUCUACGUUGUUCUUUUCAAAUCAGCACGCAGAUAGGAUUUCGAGUUUCUUCUUUUUUUUUUCAGUAACUAAGUAUAGCAAGCACUGGUAUUUUUGUAUAAAAGAAAAAAAAACAAACAAAAGAUUGACUAUUGUGAUCUGCAUGACAUAAACUAACAAAUGGUGACAUCCAAGCAAUGUGUACCCCAGUGUGUGUUGCCAUAAUUUGCAGGUGAGCUAAACAGUGCACCCAGUCUGUAUUUGCAUUUUGAUAUUAUUUAAGCUCUCUGUACAAUGUUCUGCAUGUAUUUAUAUGGUUCUUAGGGAAAAAAAUGCUAUAAACUGGCAAAUCUGAAAUUCAGAUAUGUUGUUCCACUGAGACAGGAAGAAUAGAAGAGUUUUAAAAGAAGGGAAAAAAGGGAUACUUUUUUUUAGAACCAAUAAAGCCGUCGCUGAUGAGCAGAAACCGAUACUAUUGUGCACUGAGAAUAAAAACCCAUACCCACUUGUAA